AAAACCCCUGAAAACCUCCUCCACUGAAAAAAAAUAUUUAUCAUUUUCGUCAAUUCAAUAAUUUAUAAAUCAUAAACACGAAUACGUUACAUUAAUCAUGAAUAAUAAGGACAUUUCACAAAAUAAUUCAAAUAAGAUUAUUUAUGAAUCCGAUUUCAAUAAUUUACAACAAAUAGAGAACAUGUAUGUGCCAGUCACACCAGUCACACACUGCAAGAACGUUACGACCUCUGACCAACAACCCGUAUCUAAUGUCAUUUCAAACAAUAACGAUACUAUUUCUCCUGAUUAUAAUCAUCAGCAAUAUGACGUUUCAAACAAUAUUCCUCACCAUAACUAUUGUCAAUCCAUUCCUAAUAAUACUACACCUUCGCAAUUUUACCCACGAUACAUUAAUCAAAAUCCACCAAAUCCACCACCUCAGUUCAAUAUUUUUCCUCCACUUAAUUCAUUUAACAUAACUAUUAAUUCUCCUCAAACAAAUAUUAUUGUUAUUCCAGUAACUAAUCCAGAUAUUAAUAUCAAAUUCGAAACUUACUAUAAUUCGCAAACUUGAUUUCAACAUUAUAUUCUUUUAUUUUUUAAUAAAUCAAUAUGAUGUUAUAGUUAAGAUUUA